UGUCCGGGAAGGGGAGGGACUCCAAAGAAGACAAGCCGCUACAGUUACAGUUUGGCUGCUGCUACAAGGUUGUGUCGUGCUAUAGCCUAGUUAUAAUCAAAGCAAACAUUCUAAAAGCACAUUAUUGCGUGCCGAUCUUAUGCGACAAAACCGCGCUGGUAAUAUUGUGUUUUAAUUGCAUCGCAUCUUUAGAUUGGCCUACCCUGCUACGUGAAGAAAAGCCUAGCAUAGGCUAACGAUAAGCAUAUUGAUAUCAUUGCACAGCCAGUGCCGUAAACUUUGUCCCAUAUUCCCUCCCUGGUGCAAUGUCCACCUCUUUCUUAUUGAGAAACGGUAAGAGGGUGUUUUCGGUCAUCGGCGGAGGAUGCAGAGGAACCGACGCACUUUCUAGAGUUCAUUUCGUAUCGCGGCGCUUCAUUAUAGAUUUGUCAUACUCUACGCACUUCAUGGAUUUUAAAGGUUCCUCGAUACCGAGCUCCAUGAAAAAGCUGGUCGUAACGAAGCUUAGCCAGAAUUUCAGAGACGCCGUUGCCUUGCAAACUGUUCCAGUCCCGACACCUGGCGACGGGGACUUGCUUGUCAGAAAUCGAUUUGUUGGAAUCAAUGCCUCGGACAUCAACUACUCAGCAGGCCGCUACGACCCUACGGUGAAGCCACCGUUUGACGCCGGGUUCGAGGGCAUUGGCGAGGUGGUCGGACUCGGCCUGAGUGCCAGCGCCCGCUACACCGUUGGCGACACAGUGGCCUACUUUGCCGAUGGGGCCUUUGCAGAGUACACGGUGAUACCCAUGAUCAAGACCGUACCCGUACCUGCGGUGAAGCCAGAGUUCCUCACCCUGCUGUUAAGCGGCGCCACAGCCUACAUCGCCAUGAAGCGGCUUGGCGACCUGGCGAAGGGCGAGACAGUGCUGGUGACGGCCGCCGCUGGUGGCACAGGACAGUUCGCCGUGCAGUUUGCCAAACAGGCCGGCUGCCACGUUGUGGGCACCUGCUCCUCCAACGAGAAGGCUGGCUUCUUAAAGACCAUUGGCUGCGACAGGCCCAUUAACUACACGUCCGAGGACCUGGCCGCCACGCUGCGCAAAGAGUACCCACAAGGCCUGGACGUAGUCUACGAGUCCAUAGGAGGCAGCAUCUUUGACAUGGCGGUCAACAAUCUGGCCAAUAAGGGCAGGCUGAUCGUGAUCGGGUUCAUCUCAGGGUACCAAACGGCAUCAGGGGUCCCGACCGUUAAAGGAGGGACUCUGCCCGUGAAGCUGCUCCAGAAGUCAGCCAGCGUGAGGGGGUUCUUCCUACCUCACUUCCUGGCUGACUACAAGGAGGCGAUGGGAAGCAUGAUGCAGAUGUUUGCUAAGGGGAAGCUGGUGUGUGAAGUGGACUCUGGGGACAUGGCCCCCGAGGGUCGUUUUGUUGGGCUGGAGUCUGUCUUUAGGGCUGUGGAAUACAUGUACGCUGGGAAAAACGUGGGAAAGGUGGUGGUUGAAGUGACUCCCCCCUCACUGGACAGUAAACUGUGAUUUGCCCUAAUGUGAAUGCACUGAAAUUCUCGAACAAAUCAAAUGUAUGUAUGUACAAUGAAACAAACAAUGAAAGUACAUAUGUUGAAGGCAAAUUACCCGAACUGUGAAAAUCUACUGUAAGUCUAAUAUAUUUUUGAACAGUUUAUUUCACCUAUUGAAUAUAAUAUUUUGGUAUUACUGAAAUGUUGUUCUGUUAGAGACAGUUCCUUGUUAAUGUUUUGAUGAUUGUAUUGAAUAAAGCAAAGCCAAAGUCCCAAUGAA